AGUAAUUUCAUUGCUCACGAUGGUGCUGUGAAUGAUUAUGCGGAAGUGCGAAAUAUUCUCAAUCAAUACUAUAAGAUAACAGCACGAAAGUUUGGUUCAUUCCACGAUUACGUGAGUUUCACUUUUAUUUAUUGUCUUGACAGUUCGUAUGUAAUUAAGGAUCCAAAACACGUGAACGUAGCACUUCAAGGUACCUCUUUUGAUGAUGGAACAGAGGCAUCAACUAAUCGUAAAGAGGGUGUUGCUGGAGAUUUGUUUGAGAACGACAUCUUGUUGACGCUGCCACAAGCACAACAGCUGCUCAGAGAAGUCCGCAAAAGGGGUCCUCGCCAAGCGCAGGUUGGAUUGCAGUGGUUUUGGCCAGCAGAACCCAUUUCGUUCACUUUCGCAGUGUACGAGCCGAAAUGGCAGAAUCUUAUUCGAAGAGCGUUACGAUAUGUAGAAAGUGAAACUUGCAUGCGUUUCCAGGAGAACAGGAAUUCGAGGGAUUACAUUCAAUUCAUACGUGGUGCAGGAUGCUGGUCAAGUGUUGGACGAGUUGGCGGUCGGCAGCAGAUUUCAAUCGGUUAUGGAUGCGAGGCGGGUAUUGAAGUGUGCUUUAUCGAUUCUAAAGAAGCAUUCAUUCGUAUUAUGAUAUGCUCAUUUGAAUUUCAUGGCUUGCAAGGCAAUUUCGAGAAGAGAAGCUCGUGGAAUACGGACAAUAUGGGUGAGCCAUACGAUCUCGGUUCGGUGAUGCAUUAUGGCUCGAAAGCGUUUGCUAUCGAUUAUUCAAGAGAUACCAUUAGAACGAUUGAUCGAAAUUUCCAACGGACAAUCGGUCAGCGAGGUGGAAUGUCGUUUAAGGACAUCAAAAUGAUCAACAAGAGAUAUUGUCAAUGUACACUGCAUCAUUUAUUUGUACACAAACAUUUUUCACAUCGCAACUCACAAGUCAGGAAAUUGACGAUCAGAAUCAAUUUUUCAGACGUGUGCAGCCCUUUACCAUGUCAGAAUGGCGGCUAUACGAAUCCAAACAAAUGUAGUGAAUGCAAAUGUCCAAAAGGAUACGGUGGAAGAUACUGUGAAAGAAUCGAGACAAGUGGUACAUCGCCUGCGCAAGUACUGGUUGUUGUGGAUCAUUUGAAUCUGCCAUGUGAAGAAACUUGUACGAAUUAUGUGGAACUGAAAUAUGCAAAUGAGAAAACUUCUACAGGUCCACGAUUAUGUUGUAUGGCACCAACAGCGUCGUUUAUUAGUGAAGGAAACGAGUUCAUUGUUAUCUUUAAUACGGCUAAUGUUGAUACGCGCUAUCAAGGCAUGAAGAUUCGCUAUCAAGCAUGUGCGUUACAGGGUCCGUGGUAUGAGGAUCAACCAUGUGGUCUCACGCCUUGUCCAGAUCCAAUUGAUGGAACCUAUUGCGAAGGAAAAAUAGUGUUACCUUGUGACCUUAUGGAUAGGCUCAAAUUUGGAGCAGCAAAAUACAGUUCAGCGGUUUUCAAUACACUACGAUAUUGCAAUUCUACAAUUGUAUCAGAAAAAAUAAUGGAUCAUGAGUUUCAUCCAGCAAAGUCGAAAGACGUUAUAGAGGAAGCAUAUUAUCAUAGGCUAAUUCUUUUCGAUGGUUCUGGACAGCUCUCGACCAACAGUCAAGAUUGUAACUGUGUUCAUCUGGCUUAUUUCAGACGUUUCUGGUACUCUUGUCCGACGUCGAUGCUCACGAUAAAUAUUGCUUGGUUGCGCCCUGGGGAGGUGAAUCAUAAUAUAAGAGGAUGUUGCAGUGGGUAUUAUGUCAGUGAGGGCAUCUGCAAGAAAACCAACUGA